AUGGCUUCUGAGCCCACAAGACCAAUCUCUCACACUGCCGCUGACCACGAUGAAGACAAUGAGGAAGUUCUACUGCCUGCGCCUGACGUCGACGUGACGGCCACCAGUCUCUGGAUUCAUCCGACAAACCCUGAUGCAUUGUCUGCUGAAGAAUACAUGACGUACAACAACAUGCUCGUCCUCGCAGACUACCAUCGCCUUAUUCAGCAGAACUUCCAGCGUCUAUUCGCUAUGUUGGGGAGAUCAAGUCGUGAAAGUGCUUCUCGGUCUCGUUCCAGAUCUAGCAAUCGAAGUGUCAGCGAGGCAGAUGAUAUCGACCUGAUCGAUUUACACAGUGACGAGGAAGAAGAAGGAGGAGGAGGAGGAGGAGGAGCAGAUGAAGGCGAUGAUGGCGCUCAGCAGAGUAAGCCGAAACGGACAAAGAGGCUCAACAAAAGCACUUCCGAGAAAAAUGCGGAUGGGACUCAAUCUGCCAUUCGAUCGGCCCUGGCUUUGAUGGAGCAAGGCGAGGAAAUGCUUCUUCUUGUCUACAAAGAUUGGAUCGCUCUUCAAAAGAAAGAUGUCCGCAGAACCCGCAGCAAGACAAACGAUCAUCUGACGGACGUGAACACCUUUUUUGAGCAGCAUCUACCGGAACAUGAGGCAGCUACCAACGAGCAGGAAUUGAUCACUCGCCUGCAGGCCGAAACCGAGACUGUCAAAGACGAGAUAUACCUUCGGUUAGGUCGCGCAUUUGCAGAGCAAGAGCCUGAUAUCAACAAGGAGCUCGAGCACUCGGUGCCACACGGCUCAAGACAGGCUUUAUGUCGAGGAGGUCCGUCGACCCGGUUGAUUCCAGAGCGUCUGAGGGACCAAUUGUCCUACAACGCUCCUGCCAAUUUCGAGCGUGAGCCUGCGCGGUUCAAGGGCGUGCUGGUACUGAAGAAGCUUUGA